AUGGCCCAACCUGUCACUUCCUACCCUCAAAGCUCCGACAACUCCUCAUGUCCCACAACCAACUCCAUAUCUACAACUACCAACGCCACCGAGUCUACCCUGCCGACGAGCGACUGCGACAAUCUAAGCAAAACCUACGUCUCCACAAUUGGCACACAUACCGAAUUCAAUGUCUACUGCAACUCCGACCUAGACGGUGCUGACUUUCUUGGGGUCUUUGUCUACUUUUUCGAGGAUUGCAUGAAGACUUGUGCGGGUUCCAACUACUACCAGACCAGCAAUGGGACCCAAACCGCGAAUGCAGCCUGUUAUGGGAUGGCUUUCGUUCUGGACUACCAUAAGAAUCCGCAAGACCUGGGGGGGGUUGCUUUCUAA